UCUCAGUCUUUACCUCAAAUCAUUCGUGUUUCUCAACUGCUGUGAUUCUUCUUGAUAACCAGAAAAAAAAAUGCCUGCCAGCCUUUGUGGAACAUGGGAUAUGAUCAGCAACAUCAACUUUGAUGGAUAUAUGAUUACUUUAGGAAUUGGUUCGUCCACUCGUAAGAUAGCUCUGAAGCUCAAGCAGCGUAAGGUGGUCGAGCAAGUCGGUGACAAGUAUGUGAUCAAAACUGUCAGCACCUUCAGGAACUACGUGGUUUCCUUCAGAGUGGGUGAGGAGUUUGAUGAGUUUACCAAGGGCUUGGAUGAUAGACACUGCAAGUCUGUGAUGACAUGGGAAGGAAACCGGAUGGUGUGCGUUCAAAAGGGUGAGAAGAAAAACAGAGGAUGGGCUCACUGGAUUGAGGACGAUAAACUGCACCUGGAGCUUUACUGUGAAGACCAAACCUGCAAGCAGGUUUUCAAAAGAGUGGCUUAAAGUGUACCUUUGUAUCUCAAUGAGGAAGAAGUGGACCAAGAGCUCGACCUCUCUGACAUGAUUUAUGGUCACCAAGAGACUUGGGACUCAGAUGAUUUGCAAGCCUUUGGGACUAAAGGCAAUGCUGUCAAGGGACAAGAAAAACCACAGUCCUGGAGAAACACACUGUUUACUGUUCUUUAGUACACCAGAUUCAACUCAUGAGAUAAAUAUCUAUUUUAAGUUGUAUCUGAUGUGCCAAUGAAAGAAACAAACAACUGUAAAGUUGUAAAGUGACUGCACGUUUACAGACAUUAUUUCUAUUCACUAUGUCACCACUAGGAGGGGAUAUAACAUUUAAAGUGGGUUCCUCAUGGUUCUCCUUGAUGGUGCUGCAGUUUUCUCUUUCUUGGCUGUCAUUUGACGGUUCAUCCAUCCAUUUUUUAUUUAUUUAUAUUUUUGUCAGUUGCCUAAUUGCUCAUCUCAGCUAUGGACAUUUGUAGGUUUAUCUAUUUAUCUGUCUAUCUAAAUGUCACCUUCGUUUGCCAUUUUUCAUGAUAAAAAGAUGGGUGUGUGUUAUUUGUGUAAAGAAAGCCACACAUUCUGAAGGGAAGAAGUGGUCGUGAAUGAUUAAUCUGCCAAUGUUACACUGGUUUGAUGUGACUUUGACAAGAAUUUACAAUAAAACUUGCAACAAGUUCAGA